UCCACAGACCUUUCGAUCCUUCUUGUCUUGAUCAGGAAUUAAUCCUUCCAAAAAAGCUUUGAUCCUUCGCGAAUUUCAUUAGGAAUGGAGCAACGCCAACAGCAUUUCCUCGUAGUGACCUACCCGGCCCAAGGCCAUGUCAACCCGUCUCUCCGCUUGGCCAAGCGCCUCGCCCAAACCACCGGCGGUCACGUCACCUUCUCCACCGCCAUCUCCGCUCACCGCCACAUGUUUCCGUCCUUGGCCAAGCCCGACGAGGAAGUAGAAGAUGGCCUCCUCACCUACAUCCCUUUCUCCAAUGGCUACGACGAUGGGUUCAAAGUCGACACGGACGGCGACCUCGAUGACUUCCUGUCCCAAUUCAAGCUUGUCGGAACCAGAACUCUUGCUGGCAUUGUGCACGACCUUGCUGCACGUGACCGGCCCGUGUCUUGCAUAAUCUGCACCAUCUUGCUGUCAUGGGCCGCCGGUGUGGCACGGGAUCAUGGCAUUCCCUGUGCCCUCUACUGGAUCCAGCCUGCCACUGUCUUCACCACUUUCUACCACUACUUCCAUGGCUAUGAGGAGCUGAUAACCUCUCAUGGUCACGACCCAUUGUUUACGGUUGACCUACCAGGGCUGCCACCGCUCCAAAUUCGUGACCUCCCGUCCUUGAUAAGCAGCACCAAUUCCGACGAUCCCUACCGUCCUUUCCUCGUCGGUCUAAAAGAGAUAUUUGAUACAUUGGACCAGGAAGAAAAGAGCUCAAAGCCAAAAGUUUUGAUCAACUCCUUCGACGCACUCGAGCCUGAUGCCAUCAAGGCCGUCGGCAACAUGGACCUCAUCACGAUAGGGCCACUGCUGCCAUCCCUUCCUUUAGAUGGCAUGGAUUCAGAAGACACCGCCUCCGGUGGUGAUCUUUUCGAAGGGGAUAAGAAGGGAUACAUGGAGUGGCUGGACUCGAAGCAGGAUAAAUCGGUGGUGUACGUGUCUUUUGGGAGCAUGUCGGUGAUAAAGAAGCGGCAAUUGGAGGAAAUCUUGUGGGGG